AUGAAAAAGUUUUAAAACAUAGAAGAAUAUACUAAGUAUAGAUACUCCUUCCAAGAUAAAGAGCAAAGAGAAGCAAGAUAUGUCCCCUAUCCUCAUUAAAGGCCUGGGCCAGAAAAAAACUCAACAAAAAAAAGUGAAAUAUAGCCAGAUAUAAUUUUGAGAGAGUUUAAUUAUGCUACUAGACCUGUACCAAGUAUCAGAAAAUUCGACUGGGAAGGAAUAAAAGCUGUAGCUAUUAGUGAAUCAGGAUCUCAGGGAGUCAUAUUUGUUGAAUCAGAUGAUGGAGCUAUCGUAGUUAAGGGAUCUUAAGAUGCUGCAGUUGAUUAUUUUCUUUACAAGCUCAAAAGAAUUCUUAAUGUGACUGUUCCUUAAAUGAGAGUUAUACGUUGGUAUGAUAAUGAAUUUAAAAAAAUAAUAAGAAAUUUAGAAAAAGCUACUUUUUGUGAUGAAACAUUAGGGAGAAGAGUGACUUCAAGGAUAGAUAUGGCUUAUCUAUAAAUACAAGAAUAUAUACCUGGUAUUUCUAUAUAAGGAAUGGGUCCUCAUAGAGCAGCAUUAGUUUUCGACCACAUAACACCUGAAUCUAGAGAUAGAUUGAUUCGUUUAGGAAUGAUUAUAGCAUUUGACACACUUAUAAAUAAUUCUGACAGAUAUCCUCUCUUAUGGGACAAUGGAGGAAACCCAGACAAUAUAAUGGUUAAAAUGAAAACAACGUUUCUGAAUAAAACUGAAUAGUUGAGAGAUCCUAAUAAUUUAACUUUUGACUAUGGUAAAUUCUAUGCUUUAGAUAGUGGUUUAAGCUGUGUGAACUCAAAAUCUGAAUAAGGAUUGCGUGCUUUAUCAAAAUAUUACAUAAAGUUAGAAAACUUUUUAAAUGAGUUGUUUUUAGAUAUGAAAGCUGUUAUGCUUGCUUAAGUUGACCCAAUGACAGGAACUGGUAGAAAUGGAGAGCGCAAAAAACUAAAUUCAAUAAAUUAAAUUACAAGUUUUGUAUAUCAGCAUACACUCUAUCACAUGUCUGAUAUGCAAAUACUUUAAAUUAUGAUAGGUAUUAUUGUAGGAGUUGAAAAUGCUUGCUAGUUUGGUAUUGACAGGAUUUAAGAAAUGUACCAAAGAUUUUUCAUAAAGGAAAGCGAUGACUGGAGAGGAUUCUGGAAUGAGAAUCUAAGAAGAAUCAAUUUAUAAAUGUAUAAUGAUUGCAUUUUGAUUUAUGGAAAAUUUAGAGGAGCUUACAUAGAUGUAAUUAAAUGGGUUAAAGAUAUCACUCUUAAUUAGUAUCACAUCAGAAUAGAAGAGUUUGAAUAGAUUUUAAACGGUGAUUUAGAAUUCGAAGUAAUUGAGUAGAGCCAAUCAAAAAUAGAAGAAUUGAAUAAGAGUGGUGACCCUUUAAUAAACUCACUAUUAGAAUAGCAAUAAGAAGAUUAAGUACUCCCCUAAGACAUAAAUGAGCAAGAGCCUUAAAAUUAAAAUGAACCUAUAGAUCCUAAUGAUAACGAAGCUCUUCAUAAAAGAAUUAAAGAAAUAUUUGAUGUAGAUUUAGAUGAAGUUCAUAACAAUGCCCUAAACUAAUCAAAUUAUCAAGGAGUUGACAGCUAGCAAUAAAACUCAAGUCAACUAAACAAGCAAAAUAAUAACAAAAAUAGUAAUUAAAAUUUACAAUAAAAUAGCUCUUAAUUGUAAAGUGAUUAGGCAAAAAAUAUUCAAAAAUAAGAAUAGCAAUAAGCUCAAAAUGAAUAAAUGUAAUAAUCUUAAUUACCUUAGCAACAAUAGAAUAAUUCUUAACAAAAAAAAUGA